UUUCAUCAUUGAUCUACGCGAAAUGUCACCAACAUGUCAUAACCAUUAACCUCUUCUGUCUUUCCAAAAAAUAUAUUUUCGGUAAAAUCGAAACAUUUAAACAAAGAUUCGAUUCCGUCAGUCAAGAUGAUUUCAUGUGUCGCUACUCUACGGCAAUUAGUUAUCAGACCGCUGGUCGUUCACCACGUUCAAUUUCUUCAUUCAACACCGGCAAACUCGGCUGCCCGCAAGGGUACAAGAGAAAAGGCGAGGAAGAAGAAAGUCAAAGUGGAAAUUGAAAAGAUCGGUUUCAUUCCGCAUAAUCAGCGCGGAAAGGACAGAUUGAAUGCGUUACGCCAAGAGAAACACAUCGACGAUUCCUGGAAGUCAGAAUCCAUUGAUAAUGUAUGGAUCGGCAGGUAUUGCAAGUGGCGUGUAUAUUCGGUACCUGAAGCAAUUGAAUGUCAUCGGGAGACUCAUCACCCAUCAAUGUAUAACGAACCGAACGCAUUGCUGAACGUAACCAUUGAGUUAAAUAUGCAAGGCGAGAAGGCUACGAGAUUUGUUGAUAAAUUUACUCGUUUGGCCAUGAUACCCCACAAAUUCGACCUGAAUGAAGAGCGCAACAUCUUGGUCCUGGCUAAAGGCGACGAUAUUUUAAAAGAAGCUCGAGAUGCUGGUGCUGCGCUGGUUGGCGGUGUCGACGUUAUUCAAAACAUUCAGAGCGGUGACGUUAAGCCUAGCGAAUAUCAAUAUGUGGUGGCUCAUCCAAACAUUAUGGGGGAAAUGGUAGCCGUUCGAGGAUUGUUAAAAAGGAAAUUUCCGAGUCCACAUAAUGGAACACUAGGUGUUGAUCUAGCUGAAUUGGUCAGCAAUUUAUUAACCGGAAUUCAGUAUAAGGCUGUCAAGGACGACUAUCAGCAAAAUUAUGGUGAGAUCAAUACGUCUAUCGGAACGCUGAACAUGGAUAAAAAACAUUUGGAAGAAAAUUUAGUUGCGUUGUUGACCGACGUGAACAAACAGCGUCCGAAGCGCGAAGGAAGAUUCAUCACCAGAGUUCUGUUGAAGAGUCCACCGUCCAGCGAAAUGUUCAAAAUUGACCCGUUUUUGUACAUACCUGAGGAACGAAUAGUGGAGGGAAAAUCGCAAAAGAAAGAGGUAGUAAGUGACGAGCAGGACGAGGACAAAGAAGCCGAAGCGAAAAACUAGAAUUCGGUUUAUUCAUUUUGUUAAGUAAAAUAAAUUUAGUGAUCGAA